UGCAGUGCAUGCGCCAUACAUGAACUGCGCAUGCACGCUCACAUUUCUAUUGAUGACGUCACAUACAGGAACCGGCGUUUUUACAGAACAUGCGCUGAUCACACGUCCGUCAUCUUUCCCUAUCAACCGACCAAUACAUUCAAGAUGUUUCAAUCAGUAAUUGACAGCGCUAAGCGCAACCACUUCUCGAGUCCAUUUCUCUCGACUGCAAGCUGCGAGCCCGCUGCAGAGAACAGUAUAGAAUCGAGGGUAUCCCCACUACCUACCACAAGAAAUCUCGUUGCUGCUUCGACAGAAACCAGCUGUGAAUUUGGGUCAGCAAAAUACUAUGCUCUGUGCGGCUUUGGUGGUGUUCUUAGUUGUGGAAUCACACACACGGCUGUUGUACCUCUAGAUCUUGUCAAAUGUAGAAUUCAGGUUGAUCCAACCAAGUACAAGGGCAUCUUCCAAGGCUUCAGGUUGACAGUAGCAGAAGAAGGUUUCCGUGCUCUGGCCAAGGGAUGGGCACCUACAUUCAUCGGCUACUCAAUGCAGGGUCUCUGCAAGUUUGGAUUCUAUGAGGUUUUCAAGAAUGUCUAUGGCAACUUGCUUGGUGAGGAAAGGGCCUUCCUGUACAGGACGUCCCUGUACCUUGCAGCCAGUGCUAGUGCUGAGUUCUUUGCUGAUAUAGCAUUGUCUCCCAUGGAGGCUGCUAAGGUUAGGAUCCAGACCAUGCCUGGAUUCGCCAGCACUUUGAGAGAAGCAGCACCAAAGAUCUAUGGCCAGGAAGGACUCAAUGGCUUCUACAAAGGACUCCCCCCACUGUGGAUGAGGCAGAUCCCAUACACCAUGAUGAAGUUUGCCUGCUUUGAACGUACAGUUGAGGCUCUGUACAAGCAUGUUGUUCCCAAGCCACGCAGUGACUGCAGCAAGGGAGAGCAGCUGGUCGUCACCUUCCUUGCCGGUUACAUUGCUGGUGUAUUCUGUGCUGUUGUAUCUCACCCUGCUGAUACUGUUGUAUCUAAGCUGAACCAGGACAGUGGAAGCACUGCCAUUGAGGCUGCCAAGAAGCUUGGCAUGGCUGGUUUGUGGAAGGGUUUGGGACCACGUAUCAUCAUGAUUGGUACCCUGACUGCCCUGCAAUGGUUCAUCUAUGACUCUGUCAAGGUCUUCUUCCGCAUGCCCCGCCCACCUCCACCAGAGAUGCCAAAGUCCCUCAAGGAGAAGAUCCAAUAAACAAACAAGGAUCUGAAGCAACAAACAUCCUAAAACCAAACAUAACCUAAACAAUAGAAACAUAUUUACCUGAUACAUAUAUUUAAAGGAGGCAUACUUCUAUUUAAUUGAAACACAAACACUGAUGUUUUUCUUCUCCUAUUUCAUAUUGUGAGUUUACUGAUUAUUGAAAGCAAAACUUCCUUAUUCUAUAUUUAAGCAAACAAUCAAAGAAAAUGUAAAGCAAAAACAAAAAUACUAAUAUCAUAUGGUACACUGACUGCCCUACAGUUGUCUUUUAAAGAGAGAAGUGUAAGAAAGAGGAGAAGAUUUUAACAGUAAUGACACUGAUAAACAAAUAAAAGGAAAAAAAUAAUAUAUAUGUAUUACUUGUAUAUCAUGGGUAGUAGGACUAAAUAAAGCUAUUAUGUGUUAUCAUCCUGGUGAAUUUGGAUGAUUAUACUUAAUACAAAUGGAGACAAGGUUUAUAUUUAACAUAUUUAUGCAUAUUGUGAGACAUUCUAUAUGAUGAAUAAACGUUAAAUUCUCAUGCAUUUUCAUGAAGUUUUGUGAAAAUUGUUUUGAUGCAGCAUUAUGGGGAAUUGCAACUUGUAUUCAUUUGGCCACUUUUUAUUGCAUUGAUCGUGUGCUCAUGGAGGAUUGAUCAAAGUAAUAUUAGAAUACAGGUAUUUAAGUGAUUAAUACAAACAAUCACAUCUUGAUAGUAGAUGGAUUGGACAGAAACAAAGAUAACUUAUGAUAAGAACUAAAAGGAUACAAGUUGGUGGUCCCAUUUUAUUGUAGAAUAUCCAUGAAAGAGAAUGUUUAUUUUUGUAGUGAGUAUGAUAUCAAGACCCCAGAAGAGUGAUGUAAUUUUGACUAAAAUUGCCACAACUUUGCAUUGCUGUGCACAAAUCUGCUUCUACCCAUGAAAUGCUAGUUGAUCCAAAAUGAAUAAGUGAAUAAGUGUUUUAACCAAGUUAAAUACAUUUUGAGAUUUUGAUUGUAAUGUUAACUGUGUAAUUGUUGUGUAACUUGCAGUGGAGAUGGUAGUGAAUAUGAACCCUCUGCACAAUCUGUGGAACAUUGAAAUUGAAUGUGUGUCUGUCUGAAAAUAUGCAUAAAUAAAUUGACCACAUGGUCAUACUUGAAGAAUCUAA